AUGGAUCCCCUUAGCAUCACUAGGGCUAUUGUCGGCCUCCUACAGCUCACUCAAGCUUGUCUGAGGCUGGGCAAAAGACAUCUCGGUCCUUCCCAGCAUACUACUGCAAGCCUCACUGCUCUCUUACAGGAACUAUACUGCUUCAACGACGCAAUGACGACCCUGCAAGCUCAUCUCCUUGAAACUUGCGAGAAAGACAAGACUAGAUUAAACGCUUUCGCCUUCCUGGAAAGUUCCCUCAAGAACUGCAAUGAUGCACUGUUUUUAUUACAGAAACAACUUGCCAGCACCACAUUCAUGGAUCGAAAGGUUGUGGGCAAGAGUUUUGACAGAAAGCUCAACAAAUCAUUAGACGUCUUAAGGAGCGGACGAGGCGAAGACAUACGCGAGAUGCAGUCCAGUUUCGACACUGUUGGCGGUUACGUAUUAGAUCUUAGCCGUCAGUUCGAACGGCAUACCAAGCAAGCGGAGAGGAGACAUAUGGAAACACAUUCUACGAUCCAGACACUUGACGAGAAUGUCCCAAAGCUCCGUGAUGGCACGAACCCGGGGGAACAAAUUCGGAGACGGGUAGAGUGGGCCUAUUGGAUUUUAAUUGCACUCCAGUCUGUUAUGCACUUAGUUAUUACUAAGAUGUUGUUAAUCUUUGACAGUAUCUACAGUAAUUAG